UAACAGCUGAUUUUCGUGUUUCUUUGGUUACAUAGUCUGUUAGUUCCUUUGUGUUGUUUAAUGUAACCUCAAAAUUAGUGUUUUUUGAAUAAUAAAACAUAUAGAUUAUUAUAAAAGUUAUGCCAAUUAAUAAAAUAAAAUGGUAACUGAGGCACCACUAAUAUGGAAUAACUUAAGAGGAAUUGUAUGCAUUUUUAAACCAGCUGAGUAUUCUGUUAAAAGACUUAGAAGUGCCUUAAUACACAAACUAUGCCAAGAUAUGAAUAAAUUAGAAGUUAGACCACCUAUUGACUAUGUAGCAAUUGAAGGCAACCCAUCUAAUAAACUAAGUGUGUCAAUAAAACCAAAUUUAGCAGACCAUCCCUUGGUAGUUGGUCCUCGAUAUCAAGAACAAGACUUUGUUAUCAGUUGGUCAAACUUUUUAGGCUGGAAUACAAGCGGAGUUUUAUUAUUUGGUUUAAAAUCUGGUACUAAACAGGCAAAAUAUAUAAGGGAAAACAAAUCGGCUAGGGCAUAUAGAGUAAAAGGUAUUUUAGGUCAGGCAACUGAUAAUUGUUAUAGAACAGGAAAAGUUAUCGAAAAAUCAACAUGGAAACAUGUAAAAAGGGGGCAUAUGGAAAAAUUUUUAAGUGCAAUGCAAGCCUCACAUCAAAAAAAAAUGUUCGAAUUAUGUGGGGUAGAUAUGCAAUCAGAGACAGCUUAUGAACUAGCUGUAAAAGGAUUGUUGAGACCAGCUAACUCAAAAAUACCUGUAAUUUAUGGCAUAAAAUGUGUUGAAUUUCAGCCUCCUAACUUUACUUUGGAAAUACACUGCAUAAAUGAAUAUGAGACUUAUCUAAUGCACCUUGUUCAUGAAAUUGGUACAAAACUGCACUCUACAGCUCAUUGUACUGCUCUUCAGUGCAUUAGGCAUGGCGGAUUUACACUACAGCAUGCACUUCUUAUGAAACAUUGGGACUUAGCAAAUAUAUUAGAUAAUAUAGCCAUUUGUGAUCAAAUUUUAAGAGAUACUAAUAGUAAUAUACCUCAGCAAAAUGCGACUUUAGUAUAGAUAAUAAAUAAUUUUAAGUUUC